AUGCCAAGUUUGCGAGCUUGGCUAUGCUUGCUCGCCCUGAUCCUGCAUGCGAGUCUACCUGUCGUCGUUGUUGCCGAGCAGGGCAGGAACAAGCCCUUUGCGGUCGUGAGGCCUGUUGCUGAUCACUCCAAGCUGGAGCUGGAUGAGACUGGCCUGGCGGUGCUGGAGGGCAUCCAGGGUCCAGUAUCCCCAGUCGUGGUGAUCGGGCCCUACCGCUCCGGGAAGUCUUUCCUCCUCAAUCAGCUGAUGGGAGUGCCCUGCGAUCAAGGCUUUGGUGUGGGUCACAGCAGGCACACCCAGACCAAGGGCGUGUGGAUGUGGGGCGAGCCAGCAGAGCGGCUGGACGCAAAGGGCGAUCCAGUGCAGCUGCUCUUCUUCGACACGGAGGGCUUCGAGAGCACCGGCAAGGCCGACGUGUACGACGACCGCAUAUUCGCGCUUUCCACAGUUAUCAGCGCCGUGCUGGUGUACAACCUGCCGGAGGCCAUCCGCGAGUCGGACCUGGAGCGCCUGUCCUUUGCCGUGGAGCUGGCCAAGGCCUUCUACGCCGACCCGGCUGGCCGGGAGCCCGGCGGUUUGGCCUCUCCCCCGACGGCCCUGGAGCCGGGGGCCAUGCUCUGGCUCAUCCAGCGCGACUUUCUCCAGGGCGACAGCCUGGAGGAGACGCUAGCGGCGGCGCUGGCCCCCGUGCCCAACCCGGCGCGCGACCCGGGGCUGACGCAGCUCAACCGCAUCCGCUUGGUGCGCGGCCGCGCGCUGGACGGCGCGGCGCUGGCGCGGCUCAUCCGCGACGUGGUGGCGGCCCUGAACUCGCGCGAGAUCCCCACCGCGGGCUCGCUGGUGGAGUACUUCAACCGCGAGCUGGUCCAGGCCUGCAAGGGCCUCUUUGUAGACAGCCUGGCCCGAGAGCUGGACCGCGAGGCCGGCGCUCGCGGCGACGCCAACGAGGCGGCCUCGGCGCGCGCCUGCGACGCCGCCGAGGAGGCGUGCGAGGACGCGCUGGAGGCGGAGGCGCGGCAGCGUCUGCCCGCCGCGCGCCGCUUCCGGCGCCGGCACGAGGAGUGCCUGGCCAGUCCACCCUCGCUCUCGACAAAGUAUAAAGCAAACCCACCCCUCCCCACAGAGCGCCUGGCAAAGGCCUGGGAGAGGGAGCACACCCGCUUCCUGGCGGACUACAACGCCAGGCUACUCAACGGCCUGACCCUCUGCAGCAUCGCCGGCAUCCUCCUCUUCAGAUUCGUAGUCCGUGUGCAGCUGGGGGAGAGCGUCGCCUGGGGCGCGUUUGUGUUCUUCCAGGUGUACCCGCGCUCCUUCCUGGGGGAUGCCAGCAUGUACGACCAGGCAUGGUGGCAGGGCCUGGUGUCGGGGUGGGAGGCAGUGGCCUCCAACCCUUUCCUAGACCUGGAGCGGGGAGGCCUGCCCCUCCUGGGGGGCGCUGUCCUCCUCCUGGCCACCAGGAGGUGGUGGAAGCCGAGGGCCAUGCUGGCGCUGCGGCGCUGGAGGCGCCGGCGACGAGGCCAGGCGGCCAAGGAGAGCGCCGAACGUGAUCUGAAUGUAUGA